AUGGGCAGAAAUUUUGCUUCCCCCCUCAUUUUUUCUUAUAAGCCCUGGUUCUUCAGAUGGAGUGUUUGCCUCGCCGGUCCCAUUUGGAAUGAAGCUUUGUGGGAGGAUAGUUUCGCCUUCGGCAUACUGAGCAUCAUGGGCGCCUCGGUGCAAUUUGCUGCUGCCAUUGCAUCUCCUCUCCUUGGCCCAUUCUGGGAUC